GACAGAAACGUAGAGUCGUGCCCAGUUCGCUUCUGAGCGUCGGCGGUCGCUAUCGUCGUUGUUUUGUGUUCAACUGAAAUUCAGUCGCGUUUUAGUUUGUGUAUAUACACUGUGUGUGAUAAAUAUUGGAUCAUUGUACUUUAGAUGGUAGCACCACGAAGGUCGGCAGAUUAGAUAAGAUAGUAAAUAUGUAACUAGGACUGUGGAAUAGUGUUAAAUCACACUCACUAUUGAUUCAGUUAACGGUAUGUACGUAGUGCAUAUAACAACUAUUUGUAACAAAGUGAUUUAGUUAACAGUUUUAACAAAUAAAUUCUUAUAAAUAAAUAAAUGGAAUAAUAAUUAACUAUGAUUACGUGAUAUAAAUAUUGCUAUUUAAAAAUAGAAAUGUUUUUCAAGUGCACGAAAAUGACGGUGCGGUGUUAAUUCAUAAUAAAUAUGUAUAAUAUAGUGUUGUGGUGAAAUUAUGGAAAUUUAGUGCAAAAUGGGCUGCAAAUUGGGUAAGCUAGCGGCGUCAGAGCGCCAGAGAUGCGCCAAUCCCGGCCCGAGCUUGGCGGAUGGGCCGCCUCCAGCUACCGAUCCUCGGCUGCCGUUGACUGCCAAACAGAAAUAUUCCAUGUUGGCAUCGUGGAAGGGAAUCUCGAGAGCUAUGGAGAAGACUGGCAUUUGUAUGUUUAUAAAAUUAUUUGAGGAGAAUGAAGACCUACUGAAUAUGUUCGAGAAGUUUCGCCAGUACCGGACGAAAGAGGAACAGAUUAACUCGAUGGAGCUGGCCGAGCAUGCCAACAAUGUGAUGAACACGCUCGACGAGGGCAUCAAGGGUCUGGAUGACCUGGACAACUUCUUCCAGUAUAUACACCAAGUGGGGGCCAGUCAUAGGAAAAUACCGGGGUUCAAAGUGGAAUAUUUUUGGAAAAUCGAGAAGCCAUUCCUAGCAGCCGUGGAAACGACUCUCGGCGACCGGUACACACCGAACGUGGAGAAUAUUUACAAAAUAACAAUAAAAUUCAUAUUAGAAACACUCAUAGAAGGCUACGAGAAAGCUGGCAACCCUAAUGCAACGUGAGCGAUGUAAAAUAUAUAGAUCGAGAUAAAUUAUACAACAUCUAAACUAUCCGAGACUCUGUUAAUAUAGUUUUGAAGAAACAUUACCCUCGACUAACAGUGGUUUUUUGUUAAUAUAACUGAAUUAUUCCAACGCUAGUUCUGGAUUGGAAGUAUAAAGAAUUGAAUUUAAUACUGUCAAUUUGAUAUAGUCAAGAACUAUAUGUAUACAGCUAUAGUUAUAAACUACAUUAAUGUGUAUAAAAGUGAAUAAUUUUAACGUUAUGUAUAGAUAAAUUAUUAUUUAUUUGCGCGGUAGUUCAUAGUGAUAUAACCUGAUUACUUUGAGAAUGUAUCAGGAGAACUAUGUGGAUGGUAUUACUAUUACUAAUAAAUUUAAAAAAAUAUUACAAUAAAAAAAAUAGAAUGACGUUGAUAUCUAGUUUAAAAUUGUAAGUCUGUGUCUUAUGUAUGAAAUUUAUAUUUUUUAAUUUAACACAAACGCUUGUUAUGAUGCCAACUGUUGUUAUUUUGUUUAUUGUUAUUGUAAUGCACUAAACCUUUGUAAUGAAUGUGGAUAUAGAAGCUAGUGUAACAAUUCUGAAAAAUGUUAGUUAAAUCAUUUCGCGUUUAAUUUUUAAUUGCGUCUUCCGAGUGAAUAUGGGAUUACUUUAAACUUGAGUGUUUUGUUAAUUUGUUAUUUUAAUUCACAAUUUAAUUUACAAUAACAAUUUAUAUUUAGAAUACGUAAUAUAUUGGUCACACAAAUACGUGGAGCAUAUAUUAAUUAGAUGUAUAGAGAACUCACACAAAAAAUAUGUAUUUUUGAAAACUUUAGGAAAACUUUUUACAAAUCUACUUUUUUAUGAACUAUAUAAUAUUUUUUACAAUUUCUCCGUAUAUCGUACACGCACAAUUAUUUUUUAAUGUUGACUUCUGAUCUGUGUAGGUCGAUAUCAAUAGUGAUCAUCAUUUUUCAUCAUCUUCAUCACACAAUUGCAUAAAUCAUAUUUGUCUUUUAAUAGAUGUUAUAUUACAAAAAUAAUAUAUAAAAGUAUAUUCAAAUGUAGUCCAAAUUUCGUCAAAUACAAGAUGUUACUGUUACUUACUGACGCCAAUUGUUAGCACAAACUAUGAAACGCAUAAUUAAAAAUGAUAUU